UGCUUCAGGUAAACGGGAGGUGCAUAUUGACCUGUAUGCAUCAACCGGCUAGUCACGACCGUCAUCUGUUGGCUGGGGUCAAGUCCGGGGUCACUUACUGGGCACCUCGUUAAGGGUGGAGGCUGCUUCAGGGGUGAUUCGCGGAUGUAUAGCUAUUGGUUAGCAUCGGUGUCAAGUUACUCAAUUUUGUUACUUGCAUCCCCCAUGUAGGACUCCGUGGUGGGUGAUGCCGCUGAUAGUGGAAGUAUUUUGAAAUUUUCUAUGACUGAAAAUAGAGGCAAGGUGUUUAGUUCUGCACACCAUAGCAAAAACAGCGGAACAACCCCUUUACCGUUAGAACACACUCGAUAUUUCAUAAUAAGUUUGACAAAUCCAACUGUACCAAACAUUUCGUUUACAAAAGUCUCGCCAUUUUUAAUCCACAAGGCUCUUCUGUCAGUAUUGGGAGAAGUAGCUUCUGUGAAGAAAUUGCGUUCGGGUGAUCUUUUAGUUGAGGUCUCCGAAAAACAAGCUGCUAUAUUAUCCAUAUGCGAGAAAAUCUGCUCAUUUACAGUAACUGUCUCCCCUCAUAAAACUCUCAACACUUCACGAGGUGUAAUACCACAAUCAAAAUUCCUCGAUGAUGAAGAGGAAACUAUCGCUGAAGAAUUAAAAGAACAACAUGUAACUGCUGUCCGUAGAAUUAAGAUACGUAGGGAUGGUAAACUUAUCCCAACGAAACAUCUGAUUCUUACUUUUGACACGCCGAAACUACCAUCUUCGGUUAAGCUUGCCUGGCAUAACUGCCCCAUACGACCAUAUGUGCCAAACCCAUUAAGGUGCUUUCAGUGCCAAAGGUUUGGCCAUUCUAAAACAUCUUGUCGUAGCAAGCCAAUUUGUGCCCACUGCUCUGGUUUUGACCAUAGUGACACUUCCUGUGAGCUGCCAGCCCUUUGCAGUAACUGCAAGGGCGCGCAUGCAGCAUACUCCAGGAAUUGUCCAAAAUGGUCCCAAGAGAAAGAAAUACGAAGUGUAAAAGUGUUGCAAAAUGUUACGUUCAGUGAAGCUCGCCGGAUAGUCACCGCCCGUACUCCUCGGCCGGGUGUAUCCUAUUCCGUGGCUACUAAAAUUUCAUAUAAUUCAGUGAGCACUCAAACAGAUAAUCUACCAGCCCCUCCCUCACAGCCCAAAAAUCAAAAAAUUCCGAUUCCAUUGACACAGAACAACAAAAAGCCCAUAUUUAAUUUUACUGGACCUUCAGCACCUCGUAGAUCUGUCUCAACAUCUCCUCCACCUACAAAAGCAUCUCGGACAGAUUUCUCAGUGAAGCCUCGGCCUGACUUUACGCAGCGCUCGAAGUCAAAACUCCCUCCUAGCGAAAAACCGGGACUCACCCGGAAAAAGAAAAAUCCUAAAUUUAAUCAGUACUCUAAUCAAUCUACUUCUGCCAUUGCACAGAAGGCAGAUGAUAUUUUAACGUUACAUCCUUCAGAAGAUGAAUCGCUUUUUGAUGAACUUCCGAUGGAUGACGCACCUCCAUCCACAUCCAAGAAAAAGAAAUAA